UUUUUUUAUCAACAUGCCUCGUUCCACAUUUCCUUCUGUUAUAUCAUUCUCUAACCAGAGAGAACCUGUUACAACUCCUCCAGACGAAUUUGCGAACUAUGGAGAACAUCUUGCCAAUGCUGUUGACGUUCAAGAAAUCGAUGUUAAUUUAUACAUGUCGAAAGAACUUUGGUUACCUUUAGGUGCACGUGGAGCUUUUGGUGGUCAGAUUGUUGCUCAAGCUUUACGUGCUGCUUUUCAUACAGUUGGCAAGACCUUCCAAGUGCAUUCAUUACAUAGUUAUUUUAUCCUACCUGGGGACGUAUCGAUGCCUGUGUUAUAUGAAGUGAUUCCUUUACGUGAUGGACGGUCGUUUGCUACUCGUUUUGUUCGUGCCAAGCAACGAGGAAAAGCUAUCUUUGUUUGUAGUUGUAGUUUCACCAAAGAUUAUGACGUACCAACUGUUGAACAUCAAUCUACUAUGCCAAAAGUACCAGCACCUGAGAAUUUGAAAUCAGCUGAAGAACUCAUGGAACAAGAAUUGGCCAACAAUAAUUUGUCAGCAAAAUAUCGUGAUUAUUUACAAAAACGAUUAGAUGAAGAUCGUCCUGUGGAUUAUCGUGAAGUGGAUCCUAAAGAUAUUGAUGACAAUGAUCGUUGGGUUUCUGAUAAUCAAAAUCUUAGUCGUUCGGCAAGAUGGUGUGUGACUCGUGGUAAAUUAAGUGAUGAUCCUCAACUUCAUGCUUGUGUGAUUGCUUAUAUCAGUGAUAGUGGGUUCCUUUUGACGGCUGCAAGAGCUACGGGGAUUGGCAGAAGAGGAUUUGGUAUGAUGGCUUCAUUGGAUCAUAGUAUUUACUUCCACAAGAACAUGCGUGCUGAUGAAUGGUUUUUAUACGAUAUGCAUAGUCCUAGAUCUGGCGAUGGACGUGGUGUCUCCUUUGGUCGAAUUUAUACCAAGGAUGGUGUUCUUGCUGCAACAACAAGUCAAGAAGGAUUGAUUCGAUUGACAAAAACUGAACAAGAAAAAUUACGAAACAAAGCAAACCAGGAUAAUAUUGGUGAUUCAAAACUUUAGAUUAGAAAAGAAUAGAUAGAUAUUUUUAUUAAAUAAACUUUCAAGUUCCAG